AUGGAGCUAUUCUCGGGAAUAGGUGAGCUGAAAAGUCAUUCGAUCCAUUACGAUAGGAGUGGAAGAUCAGAGGGAACUGCAGUAGUAGUGUUCUCUCGACGUCGAGAUGCAGAGACUGCCAUAAAGAGGUACAACAAUGUCCAGCUGGAUGGGAUGCCUAUGAGGAUCGAGCUUGUGGGGAUGAACAUGGACUCGCGUCCCAUGUUUCCUCCAGAUAUGCAUGCCAUGAAUCCUCCACGAGUACAAGGAAGAGGUGAUGUUGCUGCAAGACGAGGCCAGGGUGGUUUUCGUGGCCCGAGGAAUGACCGUGUGGGGCCCGGUAGAGGUCGUGCUGAGAAAAUAUCUGCAGAAGAUUUGGAUGCUGAUUUGGAGAAGUAUCUUGCUGGGGCAAAAGGAACAAACUAG